ACCUGGUUCAUCCCUUCACUUAAUAAAGUUGUCUCUCUCCAUAAAUACCAAUACAUAAGUGCACUUUAAGAAAUGAAACUGGUUUACUAAAUUAGUCAAAUACUUGGAAAAGGGUGAAUCGCACGCUACUAAAUAUCAUUCCGACGCCUUUACGUAUCUAAAUUGGAAUACCUGUGUUACCUGCACAUAGAUUUUUGUCAUAGAUGGCAAUUAAUAGUUUAACUUUUCCUCAUGAAAGAAAGAUCACGACCAUUUUACGGCUCAUUAUUAAACAAACUUGCUUCGAUGUGCCAUUAACUUCGAAACGUCAUUUGUCAUGAAGUUUCAAAAAUCGUGCCUAGUUUUCAUUUUUCUUCACGUCCUAUUUUUCGUAUCAGUGUCCGGCCAAAGAUGCAUCGUCCGAGAGCUCGGAUCGAAAGAUGUUAUUCGAGGCCAAACUCCACCAUCCUGUGCGCUACCAGUUUCUCUCAUAAAUUCCGGCCUCUAUCGCCCCCUCGUACCCCCCACAAACUCCCUCUUUCCACCCUGGUACAACGCCACGUUGUUCCGGAUUGGGCAAAAAUACGCCCAAAAACACUUCCUCAGCGUCCUCAUCACGCAAAUUACGGCGCUUCCCCUAUUCACGAAUCACCCCCUGAUCAAACCCUUUCUUAAAGUUAGCGGCAAAUCCAGAACGAUGGAAAAUGCGAAUCGCCGCUUCUUAUCGACCAUCCUACACGUCAAGCUAUACUACGAACAAGAAGGCGACGCGCUACACCACGUGAUAGAGUCGCUCGUUCGAGUCCAAGGCAUUCAUUUCUCGUUGGCGCGAAAUUACACGUGGGCCGCCCUGCAGAAAAAUAAUGCCGCCGCGAAAGCCAAGGAGACAGACUUUAGUUUCAGGGAAGACAUGUGGGCCGCCGUUUCGGCGGAUCUGGAAGCGUCCAAAAUUCCCGACAAAAAUAGAUUUUGGUCAUUUGCAGACCUAUUACCGCCGAAAGAUGGCGUUGUUCCGAUCCUGAAUCAGUUGUCGUUUAGCAACACGCAAUUCUUUUUGGGCGGAUUGUACAACGUGAUUCCGAAACGGAUCGGAAUUCAUGACGCAAAGGAGGAAGAGUUGGAUGGGUUUAAUCACUUGUGGGCCGUGCUGGGUUUCGCAGUGGGAAUUGAGGAUCACUAUAACAUUGCGUUACAGCCUAGUUUGGACGAAUUGAGGAGAUAUUAUCGGGAAUAUUAUGAUGAGUAUAUGCUCCCUGCGUUAUUUCAUAGGGAUGCGGAUGGGAAAAAUUUUAUGGAGGGGCUGUACACGGGAUUCAUUCGCGCUUCAUUUGGAAAAGAUGGCGACAAAAUGUUCCGCGUCGAACAAAUGAUGCUGCUCGGUUUGGAAAACGUUUUUGACGUGGAUUGUCCCAAUAUAAGGAAGAGACUGGGUCUUCCGAGCCGUUUCUUAAGGUCGCACGUAGCCGAAGUGACAAAUAUGUUUAAAAGUGCGUCGUUUCGAAAAUGCCUGGCGAAAUUUGUGCUACGAACGUAUGUCGAAAAAAGUGGGAGAAAUGAUUUAGGCAUUGACAUCAAUGAUCCAGCUCAGGUAGCGGAGAAGUCAUAUUUCUAGAAAUUUGUUCAAUGAGGCAAUUCACACAUUCCUUUGUAACUUCGUAAAACCCGUAAGUUAUGUGAAAUAAUUUUUGCAAAAUAUAUAGACGCCCUUAAUCUACGUAGGUUUAUAUACAAAAAUUUGUAAGCUAAUUUUCCUUGGAAGCACAGAUUCGUAAAAGUUGGUUAGUUUACGGAUUUUAAAAAGUGAUCAAGGACUUCGUGAAUUGCCUCAAUAUUUAAAUUAAUAUGUACCAAUGCUGAUUAAGUGUUCAAAUGUGUAUAUAUGGAUAUGAUUUAACUACUUUUAUAAUUAGUACACGUCAUGAUACUCAUAAAUUAUAUUUAAUUAAUUGACGUAUUGUGACAAAUUUUUACGAGUAGAAAAUCAUGGCGUGAAAAUUGCUAUGAAAUGACUUUCAAACUUUAACUGCAUACCCAAAUGUUGGGUAAUAAUUUAUAUGUAAAAACCGUGUUCCAUGUCAAAACUGUCUUAUGUACAAGUGUAUAAACAUUUAGUACACAUGAUUAUGUGAAAAAUUGUAUAUUUAUUUAUAGCUUAUUUAUUUCCCAGUAGCGAAUAAAAAAUAAUUACGUA